CAACGUCACAUUCGCGAUCUCCCUUGCGUCGAUUUCUUCUGUGAUACCGAAACGCAGUUUUACUUUCUCGACAAGCACAGCAAGUAUCCGAUACAGUAUCCAUGGCGUCUAGUGACCCGCAGGAGAUCGAGAAGCUACAAGAGCAGAUUCAUAAGGGCACGGCGGAGACCAAGACGUAUCUCGAGUCGCUUAAGGCCAAGUUGACCGAGUACGACGCUCAUUACAACGUCUCAGAGACGGCUAGUUCCUAUCUGCAAGCGGCCAUCGAGCGGACGCACAAGUCGGUGGAUGAACUCAAAGAAUUGGGCGAAUCACUCAAGGAAAAGUCGAAGAGCACGUCCGCUCCUGUCGUGGACGUGGCCAAGGCUUCGUUUAGCAAGGUGCAAGCGGCGCUCGACGGCCUGAAGGAUCGUGGCCGCAGCUACGACGAGAAGUUCCGCGCUAGUGUCACGAGCUCUGUGGAUUCGGUCAAGGGGGGCGUUUCGUCGGCCACGACUUCUGUGUCCACAUCCAUUGAGCACAUUGUUGUGGCCACGCGCGAACGCAGCAACUCAAGCUUUGAGCAGCUAAAAGAGACGCUCUUCAGUGCCGGCUACGGCGCCUACGUCGUCGCAGGUGGAGUCGUGGGCAAGGCUGAGGAGCUGGACGGUCGUUACGGCGUCGUAAAUACAGUCUCGGGCGUCGUGGGCACGGUGGCCGGCAAAGUCUCGGAUUUGGACCGAGCACUAGGCGUGUCGGCCACAGCCAUGAAAGUGGACGAGAAGGUGACAGGCGGAAUCGGCACAGACCUCGUUAACAAGGGUGUCGUGCUCGUCAACAACUCUGUAGAGUACGUGACUGGUGCGCUACAACAAGCCAAGAUGGCAGCGAAUGACGAGUCGAAGGAGAAGGCACCUAAGACAGUCGAGGACGCUACGCCCAAAGUGGCCAAGCCAACCCCGAAGGACGCGUAAUCAGGCCCCACAUUAGUGCGUCGACUUGCCUUUUUUUUUUAAUAAAUCUUUGCAUUACGUGAACUGACCGA